AGAGAGAGUGUAGAGCGCUAUAGAGCUCAGGGAAGUGCGGUGAGGGAUCGGUGGAGGUGUACUGACCGACAACGGGUGUUUUAUCGUUUAUUUCUGAUCACGCAUCGGGAAAAACCAAAGAUAAAUCAAUCUACACGAUUCCCAGGAUGCUUUGCCAUGUGACGCGGCCGGACUCGGUGGUGAUGGAGGUGGAAGUUGAUGCGAAGGCGAACGGAGAGGAUUGUCUGAACAAGGUAUGUAGGAAAUUGGGAAUCAUCGAGGUGGACUACUUUGGCCUGCAGUUCUCUGGGAGUAAAGGCGAGAACCUGUGGCUGAACUUGAGGAACCGAAUCUCGCAGCAGAUGGACAGCGUGACUCCUUGCAGGCUCCGACUGAGAGUCAAGUUCUUCGUCGAGCCCCAUUUAAUUCUCCAAGAGCAAACCAGGCACCUGUUCUUCAUGCAUGUUAAAGAGGAUUUGCACCGCGGUCACCUGCGCAUGUGCUCGGAGCAGGCGGAGGAGCUCAGCGCCCUCCUGGCGCAAGCAGAGUUUGGCGACUACAACCAGAACACUGCCAAAUACUGGUACACCGAGCUGUGCAGGAAAGAUCCAGACCAAGAGACAGUUAACAGCAUCAUAGCCAAGCACAAGGCACUGGAGGGGCUGAGCCAGGGCUCGGUGGAGUAUCAGGCCCUGCAGCUGGUUGCGUCUCUGGAGCACUACGGCGUGGAGUGGCACUGGGCGCGGGACGCAGAGGGCCAGAGACUGGCGAUCGGAGUGGGACCUGACGGCAUCGCCAUCUGCAGGGACGACUUCAGCCUGGUCAACAGGAUUUCUUAUCCUUUAAUCCAAAUCGCCACACAGUCGGGGAAGAGCGUGUAUCUGACCGUCACGAAGGAAAGCAGCGACAGCGUGGUCAUGCUGUUUAAGCUGAUCAGUAACCGGGCGGCUAGCGGGCUGUACCGGGCCAUCACCGAGACGCACGCCUUUUACAGAUGCGACACCGUAACGAACGCAGUCAUGAUGCAGUACAGCCGUGACUUCAAGGGCCACCUGGCUUCGCUCUUCCUCAACGAGAACGUCAACCUGGGCAAGAAGUACGUCUUCGACAUCCGCCGGACGUCCAAAGAGGUGUACGACUACGCCAGACGGGCGCUGUACAACGCCGGCAUCGUGGACCUGAUGUCCCGGUCGGGUGCGCGGUCUCCGUCCUUGCGGUCGCCCUGGCACGAACAGGAGGGCAUCCCAGAGUGUAGCGGGUGUCAGCAGAACCGCAUGCUCCAGGAGAAGCUGCAGAAGCUGCGCGAGGCCUUCCUGUGCAUGGUGUGCUGCGAGGAGGAGAUCGACGCCGCAUUCUGCCCCUGCGGCCACACCGUGUGCUGCGAGAACUGUGCCGCGCAGCUCCAGUUGUGUCCAGUGUGUCGCUCUGAAGUGGAACACAUCCAGCACGUCUACCUGCCCACCUGCUCCAGCCUGCUGAACCUGACGGUGGGCACUGGCAGUCCCGCGCCCAUCCGCCGCUCCAUGGCCACACACACCUGCACCAACGCCGAUUACUGCAGCGACGACAAGCUCUGCCAGACCUGAACCGACUCGCUCGUGUUCUUAAAGCACCAAUGAAGAGACUUUUGUACUUUUUCGUCUUAAUUUAAGUCUAUCAGUUGAUCUGAUAAACAACUAUUUGUGUGUGUGUGUUAUUUUAUUCUAAUCUAUACUAUAACAUAGCAUUCGGUCUUUUUUAUUAUUUAGGAAUGUUUUGAUUUGUUUGUUUUUGUUUUUUCCUCCUUUAUUUAAUUGCAUUUUAUAUGUUGGUUUUAUUACGGGAUUUCCAUCGUUCGACCGUGUUGAAUUUUGCCGUGGAAUUGUGUGCAGUAUUUGUGUGCGUCAUGCCAAUAUCGCUUUCUUUUAUUCUGAAGCUUAAAGGAAAUGCAGAGUGAAUACAAUCAGCCUUUUAAUGUUGAUUCAGGGGGUUGUUUUUUAGUGCUCGGUCUAAUUAAUACUUCAGUAUGGAGUCGGAGAGGCUAAAGCCUACAGAGGUAUGUUUUAAGGAUCUCAAAUGUUUAACCCUGUGAUAAUUUCAGCUUCACUCGUCCAUCACCCUCGUAUGCAAUGGAGAUGAUACUUGGUGCAAUUGUAAUAUAUAUUUUUUUUUUUUACUUGUUUUUUGGAUGUGAAUGGAAAAAUACUGACACCGUCACUUUACCGAGAAGUUUAAGGCUUUGAGGCCUUAAUGUAGCAGUAACACAGUGUGUUUGUUAUGCACAUUCUUGCUUUGCACAGACUAUUGUCGAAAAAAAAAAAUGAAGAGGAAUUUAUUUUCUUUAUUCCUGACCCAGUCACUGCAGGGGCGAAAUUUGAGUUCGCUUGUUUAAGUUUUCCCCCCAUUUUCUAUGAAUAGAUUUUGUUUCUGUUUAUUUGAAGCAAAACCUAUGCUCUGUACUUGUAGAAUCUUUUUAUAUUUUCUUGAACAAGAGGUAUUAAUAAAGUUGUGAUUUUUAAGCAUAAAAAA